AUGACAGAACCUGAGAAUUCAACACAACUCAGCCAGCAAUCGUUGCUUUCUAAACCAAAUUGCUUCAAGCGGUUUAAACCUGAAAUCGCUGACUGCAGUAAUACAGAAACUUUGGUUGCUAAACGCAGGCGCUCUGCCGUGCCAACUGUUCAUCACUUGAAUGUCGCUCAUACCGAUACUUGUAUUUCAAGCUCUCCGUUCUUGGUUCCUGAAAAAGCUUCUAGACUCUCAUUUCCAACCACUUCACUGAAUGCUGGGCGUAGGCUGGACAAGUUUCCUAAAUCUCCUGCUAGAAUAGGCUCAAAGUCUUUAUUACGAGGCUUUCUCAGAACCAUAACAGACCCAAACAUUCCUGAUUCUGAUAUUCAACUCACUGCAUCACUUGAUCACAAAGAUUCCGUAUCUGCCGCACCACAUCCUCCUGCUCGAGGUGGUCGAGCAAGAAAUCCAUUCGCUAUCAGACAAGAAAACAAAGUAUUCAGUUCUUUAAACAAACCAAAAGAUCCAUUUUCAUUACUGUCCGAAUCUCUUCAGACUCAAUCAUGUUCUACUUCCACUGCCAUUGAAACUACAUUUUCCACUUCCAUAAAAUCUAAAGAUUUGGAUUCAGUCCAAUUCAAACCAUUGUCCCCAAUUGAUCAUCUAUGCGUAGCUGAUAGAUGUGCAGACCAGACCAAUCUUUCUACUUUUGCAGUGUCUUUAAAUCACCAGCUUGAAAACAAUCAAGAUAAUCUUGUGCACAAUACCUCUUCAUCUCCAAAACUUUCAUCAUGUCAAACCACUGCUUUAGAUCCUAGCUUUGAUUCUCAACACGAAAACGACGCCAGUGAUGAGUUGUCCAAAAAAGGCAAGCAUAAUGCCAUCCGUUUCUACGAUCUCUUGUCGCGAAAAAAGGAUACUACACGGUUUCAAAUAGGUAUCGAUAAGCUAGAAAAAUGGAAGUCGGCGAUUUUGAUACCAUCAGAUACUCCCAUUAUAGAUGCAUCGCAGAAUCCAACAGUUGUAAAAGGUUUCGAGGCAAAAUCCGAGCGACAUAUUCAAACUUUGGAUUCUCUCCCGCAUGUUGAUAGCACUCUAAAAACUGAAAUUGUGGUGACAUCCAAUUAUUCGCUCGACUGGUGUAAUUUCGAAAACUCUUCUCAAGAGUCUAGAUGCUUGACUCAGUUUACCUCUUUGUCUGACCCCGCAGUUACUCCAUGUGAAAAAUUCAUGUGCAAUACAUUCCACUGGUCGUAUGGAUCUAUCCCUGUUUCUCCAACUCUGCAACAAUGUAGAACGCGAAUUUUUGCUAAACAACGUCAAGGAGUUGCUCUUGCCGAUCAUGAAAAAUUUGAACUAAAGUGUUUCCAAGAUUCAGAAGAAGAAUGGAAGCAUUCGUUUCAAUCGCUGUAUUUUACUUUGAAAAACAGCGAAACGUUGUAUUUCUAUUAUGCAAGUUCUCAGUUUACUGCACUAUUUGUUCAGUCAAGUUUAAUUUCAAACAUUUCUUUGAAACCUAAACAAGUAUCGUCCAUUCUUAACGGUGCAACAUCACCGUUUGUCGUAUAUCUGACUAGAGUCACUAUGGGCACAAGAAUUCAGUUGGAAAAAGAGGAUAUCCAAUGGGAGCUAGUCGAAUCAGCAUCCAAUGUUGCUCAGACUGAUUUGAAAAGCGAUGGGUCCGAAAAAAUACUUCAAUUGAAUGAAACAGACGACGAAAAUGUAUAUGAUGGCGAGGAUGUAUUUAUAUCUGGACCUCGUAAAUGGAAACAUGCUCGUAGUUUGGCUACUCUUAGAAUUGUUGAUUCUAAAUCUGUACAUGCAUUGUUUGACUACAUUUUAAACUGGACAGACCCGAGUAUUGAAGCACGAGCAAGUUGCCUUCCAACACUUAUUUCACCCAAACCCUUCUUGAAUGCGCAGUUGAAACGUAUGAAGGUUUUACGCAAUAGCAAAGUACAAGUAGCCCACGAAGACUCAUUGACAGGUCAAUCCACUAUACAACAUGUAUAUAAGCUCCAUUUAAGUGGUACGCUUCUUCCUACUCAUUUUGAAGCCAUGCUACAUUGUCUAGUUGAACAGCAACGAAAAUCUGCCAAAGAAUACGGCAGCACAAGUAAUCAAACUUUGUUUUCUGUCAAGGUGACAACAGAUCAUUCAACCAUUGGACUUCCUGCGAUAUUUUCUUUGGCACGCGAUGCACACACUCUAUCCAAUGUUCAAUCCAUCACAGCAACAAAUGGGUGGCUAUUAAUGAAAUAA